CACCACAUGUCAUUCCAAUUACAGAACUCCCAAGUUCUAGCUCGAUUGAAGCCAUUUGGGAUUCUGUUUGAGAAGUCCCUCUCUGAUUUAAUCAAGGGAAUCCGAUCCCAUUCAAAAGAAUCCCCAGAAGCCCUUGCCCAAUUCCUUGAUGUUGCCAUACAAGAAUGCAAGACUGAAUUGUCCACAACCGAUUUGGAAACCAAAGCAAUGGCUAUCUUGAAAUUGGCCUAUUUGGAAAUGUACGGGUUUGAUAUGUCCUGGUGCAAUUUCCACAUUUUGGAAAUCAUGUCGUCAGGUAAGUUCCAACAAAAGAGAAUUGGAUAUUUGGCUGCCAUCCAAAGUUUCAAGAAUGAACAAGACUUGUUGAUAUUGGCAACGAAUCAAUUCAAGAAGGAUCUCAAUUCGCAUAACCAUAUUGAAAUUGGGUUGGCUUUGAGUGGGAUAGCCACUAUUGUCACACCUAAUCUUGCUAAGGAUAUCAAUGAUGACGUGUUGAUGAAGUUGAACCAUUCAAAACCAUAUAUCAGAAAAAAGGCUAUAUUGGCAAUGUACAAGAUCUUCCUUCAAUAUCCUGACAGUUUGAGACUAAACUUUCAACGAGUUAUUGACAAGUUGGACGACCCUGAUAUCUCAGUGAUCAGUGCUACGGUUAAUGUAAUUUGUGAAAUAUCUAAAAAGAAUCCAAAUAUCUUUAUUAAUUACUUGCCUAAGUUGUUCACCAUCCUCGAAGAUACCAAAAACAACUGGUUAAUUAUCCGUAUCCUCAAACUUUUCCAAAGUUUAUCCAAAGUUGAACCAAGAAUGAAAAGAAAGAUUUUGCCAACAAUCAUGGACUUGAUGUUAAGAACUCAAGCUUCGUCGUUGAUUUACGAAUGUAUUAAUUGUAUUGUCAAUGGACAAAUGUUGUCGACCGAAUCAUUCAAAGACAGUGAAACUGCCAAGACUUGUAUUGAUCAACUUAUGACUUUCUUCAAGACCAACGAUUCAAAUUUGAAAUUCGUGGGUUUACUCGCAUUAAUCAAUAUCUUAAAGAUAUUUCCGAUAUUCAUAGACAGAGUUGAGGGAGUUUCACAAGUGAUCAUGGAUUGUUUAGUUGAUCCUGACAUCAUUAUCAAACAAAAGGCAUUGCAAGUAUGCCACUACUUAGUUAACGAAGACAAUAUAACUGAAGUUGUCAAGUUACUAUUAACCCAACUUAUUCCCACUGAGAAUUCAACCGUCCCACAACAACUUAAACUUGAAGUCACGUUGAAAUUGCUUGAAAUUGCAACCUUGGACAAUUAUGCAAACAUUCCCAACUUCAAAUGGUACGUUGCUGUUUUAAAGGAUGUGAUCAACUUGACAUUAUUGCCAUUGCCCUCUGCAUCAACUACUAUAUCCCCACAAGUUUCUAAUUCCAUUGCAAUUGAACUAGGUAAGGAAUUUAAGAACUUGGCAACAAAGGUUCCUUCAAUUAGACCUACUUUACUUAAUAAUGUAAUUACAUUCAUUCAAGAUGUUAGAAUUAUCGAAAAUUGUCCGUCUUUGCUCACGGAUUUCUAUUGGAUCAUGGGUGAAUACAUUGAUGAAUUGAGAGAAGAUUCUGAAGACUCUGAUGACGAAGAUGAUUCUCAAGUUAUAUUAAACAAGAAAAUCAAGUUAUUUAAUUUACUCGUUAAUAACAAUAUUGAUAAAUCAUUAGGUUUGACUGUGCACUUGAAUUUUCCAAUAUCUGCCAAGUUGGUUAGAUUGGGUUAUCCAAGUGUAUUGGCAGUGGUGAUCCAAGCAUUAGUGAAACUCUUCAACAGCAUUGUUUCCGAUUAUGCUAAGUUUUACUCGAGUGAAUUACCCGAUGAUAAGUACAAUGAAAUUUGUUAUUAUUUGUACAAGUUGGUUGGCUUCUUGAGUAACUGGGAAACCCAUCAAAAUUAUGAAGUUCAAGAACGGGCGUUGUCUUGGUUGGAAUUCUUGAAGUUGUCAUUAGAAGCAAUGACUGGAGAUGACUUGAGUGCGAUUAAAUUGUCCGAGGAGAAGGAUAUAACUUUCUACAAGCUCUUGCGAGAAGCACAAGUCGAGGAGAGCGAAGAAGACUCUGAAGAAGAAAGUGAAGAAGAAGAUUCAGACGAUAACUCUGAUGAUGAUUCGGACGAGUAUGGAGAUUUAGAAUCUGAUGACGAAAUGGUAUCGACCCCAAUUGCACCUCUUCCUGAGUUUGAACCUAAUCCAUUUGCAGAAAUUGAACAAACUGAACAACUCGAACAACCUGUUAAAACGCAAGAAGAACAUUCACAACUUCCUGCUGAGAUCUCUUUGAGUGAAGCUAGAAAAUUGCCAAUACUAUUAACUACAAUCCUACCAUCGUUUUUCAAAUCGUACCAAUUAAACCCAGUUUCACGUAAUGCUCAACGCAGUAUUGCUGUUCCUGAAGACCUCGACUUGGAUUCCGAGAUUAGUUCUGUUCCAUUCACGUUGGAAUUGGAUCCUGUUCAAGAUAAUGAUAGUUAUAACUUAUACAUUUCUGAAGUUGAAGAAGAGCCAUUGAUUCAAUUGACUAGUGAAGAGACAUUUGAAAAGAAGAAGGAAAGAAUGAAUAGAUUGAAGGAUGACCCGUACUAUAUCAAUCCAGAGCCUAUUAAAACCAAGAAGAAGAGUAAAUCAAAGACUGAACUGGAGAGUGUGACUCCAGAGAGUUAUACCGAGAUGAGUACUGCCCCAUCAGUAACUAAAAAGUCCAAGAAGUCAAAGUUGAAGAAGGAAAAGGUUGUGAUUUUAUCUGAAGAAACCGUAGAAGGUGCAUCUCCAUUGACCGAUUUGGAAUCUUCGAAAAAGCCAAAGAAAAAGAAGAAUGCAUUGAAAAUUGACAGUUCAAAUUUAGACAAUUUUAAUUUAAGUUCUAGUGAUGUUUUGGAUGUUCUGAAUAAGAAUGAAUAUGAAAUUGAUUUGGAAUCUUACCGUAACAAACUAGCUGAAGCUGCUCAAGAGGAGAAACCUAAGAAGAAAAAGAAGUCAAAGACAAAGAAGAUUAUAGAAACAGAAGCUGAGGUGGAAUCUGUUCAUUCUACCAGAUCGGGUACAGGCUCGCCCGAUGUGAUCACUGUCAAGCCUAAAAAGACGAAAAAGAAAACUAAAGCAGUUAUCUUGGAAUAGUUAACAAUAAUUACUUGUGUAUAUUUUGUCUAAAUAGAUAUAAAACAAAUUAAUCAGCUUCUACUAUUAUUUUAGCUGGAGGUAUCACAUCGAAUUUAGUAUCAAUGCUUGAGAUAUCAGAAUCAACUUCUUCAUCAUCAUCUUCUUCUUCGCCACCGCUUGGUUUUGAAUAACCAAUUCUCUUGAGUGUGCUCACCAUAUCAUCUCUAACUUUGUUGACAAGUUUAGUGACAUCAUCAUGAGUCUUGACAUCAGUGGUUGGAACAGGUGGUAACACUUCAAUAGUGAUUUCCCCACCUCUAAAGGUCUUUUUCUUAGAGCUGAACAAGGUAGAAGUAUUUGAAACAACGACAGGAAUGAUUGGAAUUCCAGCAUCCUUAGCCAAAUGGAAAGCACCCUUUUUGAAAGGUAACAUUUCUAACUCGGUGGUGGCAGACCUAGUACCUUCAGGGAAGAUAAACAAAGCCUUCUUUUCACGCUUCAAAUCAUUCAAUGCACCUUCCAAUACAGCCUUGGCCUUAGCUCCCUUCUUUCUAUCCAAGAAGAAAGUUCCUGAUAAGGACAUGAACCAACCUAAGAAAGGAACAUACUUCAAUGAAGAUUUACUGGUGACAGUAUACCCCGGUUGGAAAAUUCUUCCCAAGAUAUAAACAUCUAAUGCAGACUGGUGAUUAGAUACACAGAUUGCAGGUAAACCUCUUAAGUAGUGUUCAUUCUUGAUGUUGAUCUUUAAGCCAAGGGUAGUACCAAGGCCAUAAUAGAACGCUCUAGCAACGGUGAAUUGAGCGUAUUCUAACUUGUUGAUAAUUCGCAAUAUAAGCGAUGCAAAUAUUCCAUAAAUAGCACAUCCGGCAAUGACGGAUCCAAAUACUACGGACUUGAGGUAGAAUUUGAUGGUGUUAAGUGCAGACAUGUUGGACUGACAAAGUACGACAAACAC